GUAUCCGAAAGUCCGCAACGCAAGGUGUCAGUCGGCCAUGUUGGUCAUGAAUGUUGAACCACUGCGUCAAUUACCGUCCGUAAAUUGCCUGAAAAUAAUCUGGUGGUAGUUUGUUAUCAAUUUAUUAUCGUAACGAUCGAAAGAAGACAUAGUUUCUAUAAUAUAAUAGGUUCAGUUGAUAAGAACGUGAAGAAACCCGAGUGGAAAUAUAAUAAACUGGAUUAAACUUUUCAUUAAACCGUGUUUGAACAUGACAACUGAGGAGAAGUUUCACGCUGCGGUAAACGUUAUCAGGAAUUUACCAAAAAAUGGAGCAUAUCAGCCGAGCAAUGAGCUUAUGCUGCGGUUUUAUGCCUACUUCAAGCAAGCUACCGAAGGCCCUUGUCAGCAGCCUAAACCUGGAUUUUGGGAAGUUGUGCGAAAAGCAAAAUGGGAUGCUUGGACGAGACUUGGCAACAUGAGCCGCACUGAAGCUAUGAAUAAUUAUGUAGACGAACUCAAGAAGCUUCUCCACUUUUCUUCAAAGAUUGUCGAGACGAUGUCAUACACGGACAACGUGGCGAAUUUUCUGGGGAGUCUGGACUCAUUCUACGACAGCGUUCCCGCAGAAGAUCUGGAAAUGCUUGUGGGCCCAGUUCUGGAAAGAAUACGAUCGCGGCCUGGUUCCCCACUCGCCGGAUCUCCAAUUGGGUCUAGAGAAACAUCACCACACAGAGUUCGUGGUGCUUCUAGACACAUAACAAGCAGUUUGGAAACCAGUCCAGCGAGCAGUCACAGUGCUAGUCCAUUACCUCCUGACACCGACGGAGAAGAAGAAGUGUUUAUAGAUACUGUUGAAUCUGCUCCUGAACGAUCUAACAAAGAUGGAGCCAAGUUCUCCAAUUCCCUGCAGCAACAGCAGCAGUUGAAUUCAUCUAAUAACAAUUCACAUGUAAAAAUAAAUGGUCAGCCUACCAUCGUUAAAGAAAGUUCCAUGGAUUUACCGAGGGAUCAUUCAACCACAAAUGGUCGUGUUCAUAUCAAUUCCGACGUCAAACCUGAGAGAGGAAGAUCCAGGGAGAGAAAAGACGAUAGAAAAAACGCAGAAUUCUUUGCUCAAAUUACAGCAACUGUCCAACAUCUGCAAAGAGAUCUCGAUAGAAUAACUGCACGCGUGCGCAGCCUCGAAGGACAUGCUCUCAGUGCACUCUCUCCGCAGCUUGAGGCACAGGUGUUAGAACGAAGAUAUCCGAAGUGGUGGCCAUUGCCUGAGUGUUCGCCACGGGUCUUUGCUGUGAUGAUUCUCUGGCCAUUCGUCGCUCAUGCUGUGAUUUCACUUGCUCAACGUAGUCGUCAGCGCAAGCUGUGAUGCUCUCUAUGCUUUACACCACUUUUAUUCCACUGGUUAAUUCAGGACAUGAAUUUUCAAUACAAUGUUCUAGGUUGGUACACAAUUUACCUAUGAUAUCUGUAAAUCGCGGGCUUUAAAAUACUUAAUCGUACGCGCCGUAUUGAAAAAGGGGGGAAAAACAGAAAAAAAGAACAAAUAAAUGAUAGGAUAAUACUGCGCGUUUAUUUUGGGAUUUUGAGGAUAAUUAGCCUUUUAAUAUACAAAUAUAAAAUAUAAAUUACACGUAAAAUAGAAAUAUAAAUACUGUACAAUAUUAUGAUAUCCUAUAAUAUAUUACAAAAUAUAUAAAUAAAUUUUGAAUUUGGAAUACAUAAUAUUUGACAAAUAUUUGAAAAAAAAAGGUAUUUGAAGUUUUGUGCGAAUAUGAAUGCAAAUUUUAUCGGUUGCUUGUAGUUUCACUAUUGGAAUACGACGUUGCGUAUUUUUUUAAAUUAUUCAAACAAAAUUUUUUAUGCAGUCUACGUCAAACGACACAUUGUGCGAAUGAUCCUUUUUUUUUUAUCAAAUAACUAGCUGAUCCGGUCACACGUUGCCGUGGCUCAGUUUAUACAUCAAAGUCAUUUUUUUUUUUUUUUUUUCUCUGUCUCAAUUGAUCUUGUGAUUUUUUUUGAAUUUUAUUCAAUCGACAUCGACUCUCUAAUGUUGAAUUUAUUAAUCUUUGAAUGACGUACUAUUUCGAUCAAUAAUUCGAUGAUUUGAAAUACCUGUACCUAUUAUACUAUAUUGUAAAUAAAUAUAAGUGGGCUUCUGCGUAUCGUAUAUUAUGUAAAUAGGUUGUUAUAAUUUUUGUUCGAGCAUUUUUUUUUCCAUUCGUGUUACUUUUAUUGGAUUUGUUGAAAACUACGCCAAAUUUUAUAUAGUUAGAAUUUAGAUAAUGUAGGUGGAUUUUAGAGAAUGAAUAUCAUAUUUUAUAUUUCUUGUAUAAUCAUCAUGUUGUCAGAUAUACAUUUAUGUGUAUAUUGAUAAAUACACAAAUAUACAUAUAAAAGUUAA